AUGUAUCGUACGCUUAAGGGGCUGACGCAUCUCACCCUCAUCAUAUACCCUGUUGUGCACACACGAGUUCGCUUUGCGCGACCAAACGUGGUACCUCCAAGUCCUGCUAUAAUAGCCCACUUAGAGGUCGACUUCACCCCUUUCUUCGAGUGUGAGAUCGUACUCGAUAAGAUCGAGCUUGCGAUCCCGGAGGGGGUGGCGGAAGACCUGAACAUGGUGCAAGGUCUCUCUUUACCCCUGAGUUGCGUUGCCCAUGACCACGUUACCUUCCUCUACCGACUCUCCCCACAGGAAAGUGACGUUGUCUCCAAGAAUCUAGCCAGAGACCUCGAUAUCACUAUAUCAUGCACAGCUCUCGUGCGACCAGGGGAAUGCACACCGUCGCUACGCAUGGCAUGGACCACAACAGUAGACUUCACCCUUCCCGUCAAUCCAGGCUUCGGCACAGCCGUAACGCAGCCGAUACAGCGUUCACAUCGCCCGUCACAGCUGUCUAUUGGCGACGGAGCCAGCCUCAUCGCACCCUCGGUAUCGCGGCCCGAUGCAUUGCCGAGUCUCGAAGCCGCCGCAGCACGCUCCACUGAGACCACCAUCCCCGACUUUGGCAUCACGAUGUCCUUCACCGCUCCCGAGGGGCCCAUCUACGCCGGCGACGAGUUCACAUGGACCGUAUUCGUCGUGAACCGCACAUCACAGCAAGCCGGGCCCAACCGACCCGCGGAUCCCCCGCCGGCACCGCGCAAGCUUGCCCUUCUGGCCAUCCCACGGCGGCGGCGCAACGAUGUGCGCGUCGUACGGCCGCCCUCGACCUCCGGGCACGCCAAGCGCAAGAGCGUGACCAACGCCGCCGCAGCAACAGGCGGAGACGACGCACAGCAGCAGCAGCAGCAGCAGCAUGCGGUCGCGGAUGCCGUGUUGGACGAAAACGUCGUCCACGCGAUGCAGCGCUCCAGCCUAGUCGACAGCACGGAUGUGGUGUGCCUAAGCGCAGACACGCGUGUCGGGCCCCUGGCGCCUAAUGCGUGCCACGUGGUUGAGUUGCGCUUUGUGGCGCUGCACGAGGGGAUUGUCGGCGUGGAGUGCAUCAGGGUCGUCGACCUGGGCAGCCAGGAGCAUGUCGACGUGCGCGAGCUGCCGAUCAUGGUCGUCGAGAAGAGGCGCGACGAACGGCCCAUUGCGCCGAGGGCCGCGAGCGGGAGUAGGAGCCGCGCAUCGAGCGUCCAGAUUGAGGAGCGGAGAACUCGGUCGAUAAGCCGUAGUUCCAGUGUACGUGUAAUGUGA